AUGGGGCUAUAUUUCUCCUGUCCUGGGGAAUCUACACCUCCCUGGUCAGACAUGGAAGAAAUAAGAGCAAAGCUUGCAGAGAUUGCAAAGAGAAGACAGAAGGAAGCUGCAUCUUGGGACAUUUUGGUUGUUUGAUCUGUGGAAGUAAGAUAGAAAAAGAAAAAAAAAAUAGAAAACCAAAUCACUGCCUCUGAGCCACCACCAGAAGGUUAG